AUGUCGAGUGUUGGUAGGAAUCAGUGUGUGAAGGUUGUGAUCAUCAACACCAAGUACGUGGAGACGGAUGCCAUGAGCUUCAAAGAUGUCGUACAAAGGCUAACUGGGAAGGAUUCAAGGGUGGCAUACGAAGUGCAGGAGCCGAUUACAAAGAGCCCGCAGUACUCUUUGAAAGAGGGAGCCAAUAUUGGGAGGACGGGUAACAAUGUUCUGGAAUCAUCAAAUACUUCUAUUGCUAGUACUAUGUCUCGGAGUAAUUCUUCAGUUUUGAUGAGAAAUAUCUCGUUCAAAGAGUUCGAAAGAUUGUUCAGAGAGAUGCCUCCAAUGGAGGAGUUUUUGGCUGAGCAAGAUAUUCUUUAG